AGUGGUUCGAUAAUGAUUGAUGACCAAGACCUGCGCUCAGUGACACAACAUAGUCUACGAGAUGCCAUGGGCGUCGUACCUCAAGAUCCUGUUUUGUUUAAUCAAAGCAUACGACAAAACAUCCGCUACCCUAAACUCGAUGCCACCGACGCCGAAGUCGAAGAUGCAUGCCGCGCUGCUGCCAUUCACGAUGACAUCGUCAGCUUCCCAGAUGGUUACAACUCCAAAGUGGGUGAGCGCGGGGUACGGUUGUCGGGCGGUCAACUCCAACGCAUAGCCAUUGCCCGCGUGCUCCUCAAGAACCCUAAAAUCGUAUUGCUGGACGAAGCAACAUCAGCAAUUGACUCUUCUACCGAAGCACUCAUUCAGGAAGCUUUACGAAAACUAACGCAAGGUCGAACAACGUUUGUAAUCGCCCACAGAUUGAGCACGAUUGUACACGCAGAUCAAAUCUUGGUGGUGAAUAAGGGCGAGAUUGUUGAAAGAGGCACACACCAAGAGCUACUACAGAAUGAAGGAGGCGAGUAUACAAAACUGUGGAAUAUGCAGACAGCGGGGCAUUUGCCAAAGUAG